CAACAAAUGAUGAUGAUUGUGAUGAAUCAUUAACCAUUUUAGAUCAUACAGGUGUACCAACGUUCGAAUGUGCAAUUUGUAUGGAACAAGGACCACAAGUUCUUUGGUUAAGAUCACCAAUGAAUAUUGAUGAUACGACUAAUGAUUUUAUUAUUAAUUUUCCAUUACAACAAAAUAAUAAAUUACAUGAUUGUAUUGUUGCUAAUCCAGUUUGUGGUUAUUGUGCCAAAGCAUAUAUUAAUGCUACAUUGACAAGUAAUAAUACAUUGCAAACACUUUAUCGUGAACUAUGUUCAGGUUUUAUUCCUCUUAAUUGGUCAACAAAAACAAAUCUAAAAUAUGCUAAUUAUAUUCUUUAUCGUACAUUAACUGGAAAUAAAAUUCUUCAUCAUGUAUCAAUGUUACUUUUAGCUUUAGUUGAUGAUAUGAAAAUGAAUUGGUUUAAUGAACAAACAAAGAUUUAUUUCAUUCGAGAAUUAGUUAGUAAUAUUUAA